CCGACCAGACUAAAAAAAAUUAAAAAUAAAAAAUAAAAAAGCCCCUCGAAACCAGCAAACCCACAAACAAGAAGUAGAACAACAACAACACCAUCAAAAUUAUUUGGGAAAAAAAAAUGGAAAACCCUCAAGAGGAGCACAGUAGUCAAAGAGAAGAAACAACAUACCAGCUUUUCUACAGCCCCUGCAAGUUUUUUGAGCAACUCAUCAAGGCUAUCAUCAAGUGCCUCUGCUAUGACUCUUCCUCUUCUUCCUCUACUCUUCCAAAAUCCCAAGACCAUGACGACCCUCCUUCACAUAUCAACGAAACAGAAAUGAAAAACACUGAGGAGGAGUCUGAAGUAGCCCAGAGUAGUAGUAGGGCAACAACGCUUGCAAGAAGACCACCAAAACCAACAAUAAGCUCCGGUCCAGGAGGUGGUCAUAUCAACGUUUCUACCACCUGAUCAAAUUAAUCAUAAUUAUGUGGAUUAAUUAGGGUUUGUAAAUAUAUAUAUAUAAUCCUCUACUCUUUCUCUUUCCAACUGAGAUCUUCUCUCUUUUGAUAUGGUGGGUGGGUUUCUGAUCUUCUGCUUGAUGGAAAUAAUUAAUUUAAUAUAUUAUUUUUACUUCUAU